AUGAUUUCGGAGGCUAUUGUACCGGUCGUGCAGAAAAUUGAUACGCCUCAAUUUAAGGCACUUUUUACACCUGAACUUAUUAAACUUAAUGAUCUCUUUAAGAGGAAUAAUUUUCAAUUACGUAUGGCUGGUGGUGCAGUUCGAGAUUUAUUAAUGGGUAUAAAACCGUCUGAUAUUGAUUUUGCUACAAAUGCAACACCAGAGGAAAUGAAGGAAUUAUUUAUCCGCGAGGGUAUCCGAAUGUUGAAUAAAAAUGGUGAAGAACAUGGAACAAUUACCUGUCGUAUUGAUGAUAAGGAAAAUUUUGAAAUUACAACUUUAAGGAUUGAUAUUGUUUGUGAUGGACGUCGAGCAAAAAUUGAAUUCACAACCAGUUGGCAGCUUGAUGCAAAUAGACGUGACCUGACGGUUAAUUCACUUUUCUUGGAUUUGGAUGGCACCGUUUUUGAUUAUUUUGGUGGCAUAAAAGAUUUGGAAAAACGACGAAUUGUUUUUGUAGGCGAUGCAAAUCAAAGGAUUCAGGAUAUUACGAUAUUUCCGUUUUUUGGUCGAUUGGCGCUAGACGGUGAAGCACACGAGAAAGCAACAUUGGAUGCUAUUAUUUCGAAUGGACAUGGUCUAAAAGAUAUAAGUGGCGAACGAAUUUGGACGGAAUUAAAAAAAAUAUGCGUUGGUCGUUUGGGUGAUGCAGUAUUAACAACAAUGCUAAAACGAUGUAAUCUAGCUUCCUUGUUGGGACUUCCAGAAAAUCCAGAUAUAGCAUACUUCUGCAAAUUGCAUAAACGUUAUUAUCAAAAAAUAGAAGCUAUGACAUUGUUAUCGUCAUUAUUUACUGAGAUGAAGCAUAUUGAACUAUUCCACAAGAGAUGCAAAUUGUCAUAUGCUGAGAAAACGUUAGCCGAAUUCAUUGUGGAACAUCGUGAUGAAGCAAAAAAGAAUGCUAAUUCAAAUUUGUUUUUCAAAAAUAUGUUGUUAAACGAGGAACGACUGCACAAGUUUACGAGAAAGAAAGUCCAAACAAGUCGAGAAAAAGUGAUCGAAUUGGCAAAAUAUACAAUGGUUGAUGAUGAGCUGAUCAGCGAACUGAAUGCUUGGAAAACGCCAGUAUUUCCAGUCGGUGGGAUCGACUUAAUGUAUAAUAAUGUUCCACCUGGAUCACAUGUUAAGCAGAUUCUUGAUCAUCUUUUUAAAAUAUGGAUCGAAAGUCAGUGGAUGAUGAGCAAGGAAGAAUUGCUAAAACAUGUUGAUGAUAUUGAAUGGAAUGAUGAGAAAAUUCGUUCAAGAUGCAAACGAAAGCAUAGCUCCAGCAACACAUGA